AUGACACGGCGAAGUAGACAACGGCGAAGCAGAUCUCCGACGAUGAACAGCUUGGAAACCGACUUGGAGCGUCCUAAUAUUGAAGACUAUCUCCCUUCUGGAUCCAUCCAAGAGCCUCGUGGCAAACUGCGCCUGCGUGAUUUACUCGACAUUUCGCCCACUCUAACCGAGGCAGCUGGUGCCAUCGUCGAUGACUCUUUCACUAGAUGCUUCAAGUCGAUUCCUUCGGAACCAUGGAACUGGAAUGUGUAUUUGUUUCCUUUGUGGUGUUUGGGAGUCAUAGUCAGAUAUGGAUUUCUUUUCCCAUUAAGGGUACUGGUAUUGACACUAGGAUGGAUAAUAUUUCUCUCAUGUUAUUUUCCUGUGCAUACCCUUUUGAAAGGGCAUGAUAAAUUAAGAAAAAAGUUAGAGAGGGGUCUAGUAGAAUUGAUUUGCAGCUUUUUUGUUGCUUCGUGGACUGGAGUAAUCAAAUACCACGGUCCACGGCCCAGUAUGCGGCCUAGGCAGGUUUUUGUGGCAAAUCACACAUCAAUGAUUGAUUUCAUUGUUUUGGAACAAAUGACUGCUUUUGCAGUAAUUAUGCAAAAGCAUCCUGGUUGGGUUGGAUUAUUGCAAAACACUAUUUUAGAAAGUUUAGGAUGCAUCUGGUUCAACCGUUCAGAGUCCAAGGAUCGUGGAAUUGUAGCCAGAAAGCUGCGGGAACAUGUUGAAGGGGCUGAUAAUAAUCCUCUCCUUAUAUUUCCUGAAGGAACUUGUGUGAACAACCACUAUUCAGUGAUGUUUAAGAAGGGUGCAUUUGAACUUGGCUGCACUGUUUGUCCAAUCGCAGUCAAGUACAACAAGAUUUUUGUUGAUGCCUUCUGGAAUAGUAAAAAGGUGAGGGACAUUAUUUCUGUUCGGGCCGGCCUUAAGAAGGUUCCAUGGGAUGGAUAUUUGAAAUACUCUCGCCCAAGCCCUAAACAUCGCGAGCAGAAACAAGAAAGCUUUGCCGACUCAGUGCUUCGUCGUCUGGAAGAGAAAUAG